UGUAAAACAACAUCCCAUCACACCAUCAAAAAGACCCAAACUUUAUCUUCAUUUCUAGGUUUCACCUGAUUUUCUGCUGUUUCUUUCUGAUGGGUACAUGUUAGGUGUGCCAUCUUGCUUUCUCAGAACCUUUCCCCCCAUUCAUUCCCACAUUCUCUUUGCCCAUCCCUUGUAUUUGUGUAUAUGAAGGAGGGGGAUACAAAAGCCCAGACACAGAACCACCAAUUAGCUGGUUUUUGAAGCGUCAUUGAUGUUUUCUUGGACUUUUGGCUACCUUUCAAGCUAAAUAGAUCCAAGACUCAAUCUUGGAAUUCUAUCUUCAUCACUUUCUGCAUUUUGUCAUUUUUUUUGGUCCAAGUCCAACAAAAUGGUGGUGAAAUCGCCUAGAAGCAAAAUGGUGAUAGGAAAUAGGCUGUUUUACCCAAUUGUUGGGUUUGCAUCAUUUGGUGUUUUUAUAUACAUGUCUUUUGGGGGCCUGUGGAUGAAUUUCCAUGGAGAAACAAAGCUGAGCUUUGUGGAGAGGAAUGGGACUCAGUUCUUGGUGGAUGGUCAAGCAUUCUAUGUUAAUGGCUGGAAUUCUUACUGGCUAAUGGACCAUGCUGUGGAUGAGAAAAGAAGGCCAAGGAUAAGAGCCAUCCUGCAAGCUGGUGCCAAGAUGGGGCUCACUGUGUGUAGAGCCUGGGCUUUCAAUGAUGGUGCAUAUAAUGCUUUGCAGAUUUCACCUGGGAAAUUUGAUGAAAGAGUAUUCACAGCCUUGGACCAUGUAAUUGCAGAAGCGAGAAAAUAUGGGAUUAGGCUGUUACUGAGCUUGGUUAAUAAUUUGCACGCGUAUGGUGGAAAAACUCAGUAUGUGAAGUGGGCAUGGGAAGAGGGUGUUGGUUUGAGCUCUUCGAAUGACUCGUUCUUUUAUGAUCCAACAACUCGCCUUUAUUUCAAGAACUAUGUGAAGACAGUGGUAACGAGGAAGAACAUGUUUACUGGGAUUGAGUACAGGGAUGAUCCCACUAUCUUUGCCUGGGAAUUGAUUAAUGAACCUCGUUGCUUGACCGAUCCUUCGGGUGACACCCUCCAAGAUUGGAUAGAAGAAAUGUCAACUUUUAUAAAAUCAAUUGACAGGAAUCAUUUGGUAACUGUGGGGCUUGAAGGAUUUUAUGGUCCAAAAAGUUCAAAAAGUGUGAGUGUGAAUCCAGAAUUCUGGGCUGCUGAUCUUGGAGCAGACUUCAUUCGCAAUUCUAAGAUCCCAACCGUGGAUUUUGCAUCUGUUCAUGUAUACCCAGAUCAGUGGUUACGCAACCAGAGUUUUGAAGAAAAAGUGGGGUUUGUGAGGAAAUGGUUAGUUUCUCAUAUUCACGACGGUGACAAGGUACUGAAAAAGCCAGUGAUGUUCACUGAAUUCGGGUUAUCAACCGAGAACAAGGAGUUCGAUCCAGAGAAACGAGACAAAUUCUUCAAGGUCAUCCUGGACAUGAUAUACAAAUCUGCAAGGCGAAACCUGUCUGGUGCAGGAUCAUUCUUCUGGCAGUUCCUGGCCGAAGGGAUGGAAGAUUACAACGACGAUUUUGGUAUUGUUCCCUGGGAGAGACCAUCAACAUAUCAGCUAAUUACAGAGCACUCAUGCAGGUUAGCCAGGCUUCACGGCCCCCUAUCAACCCAGAAGGACUACUUGAAAAGCUUGUGCUCAUCACACAGCUAGGCGAUUGAUCGAUAAUCGCCAAAAAUUUUGUCUAGGCGAAACGAAACCAGUACAGCUGAAAUGUGAUUGUGUUGUUGUAUCAGUUUGAGAUCUGUAAUGGGGAUAGGUUUAUAUACUGUAUAACCUAUAAAAAUUGCAUCUUUUUUGCCUAUCUA